AUGUCGCCGGAGUUGAACAUCGAGGUCUGCCAGAGGGCAGUGGUAGAAUUGAGAAAUCAUGUUGAUUUAGCCACGCAGAAUAGAAAUGCCGAUCAAAUGGCUUGCGCGAAAUCGAGAUUGCUUCAUUACCGGCAAAGAUUAUCACUGAUUCCAGUGGUCGCGAGUUUAGAGGAAACGCGUAGGGUCGUGUGCGAGCUUGUAGAGACGCUGCUAGCUCAGAUAGAGUGCGUGAACAGUGCAGUCAAUAUGGUGUUAAGUGAAACAGAAAACACUAGCCUUUCAACUAGUGUCCCAACCAUCCAGGCAGAGAACAGUAGCAGUAGGGAUGCCUGCGAUGCGUUGACGAUUCCACCGAGGCCACAAGCAGUCGGAAAUGAUGAAGGAGCACGAGCACGGAUGCAAGAAGCGGAUGUCGAGCCGUCUUCUCUUCCAUUCCAAGAAGGCAGACAAGGACAGAGGGACUUGGAGGAAGUAAUCAUCCGGAGGUCGGGUAGUUCGGCUGGUCUGGCUGCUGUGAACGUUCUGGACGAACUGCGGCUCGACAUUCAACAACGACAAAGAAGGCAGCAGCAAUUGAACGACAGCUUUACAAACCGAAGUGGUAGCAACUACGACAGGCGGAUGCAGAAGGCGAUUCACAAUUGGCCUUUCAAGUUCCGAGGCGAAAAGGACACCACGUCCCUCAACAUUUUCCUAGACCGAGUGGAGACAUUUGCCAGAUCAGAGGGAAUCGACGAUCAGACACUUCUGGCUUCCAUAAAGCACCUGUUGCUGGAAGACGCCCUAGACUGGUACUCCAGAGCACUUGCCCAACGUCGCCUGUAUUCCUGGCAAGCAUUUAAACAAGAAAUUCGACGUGAAUUCCUGCCUAGUGGAUACGCUCAGAUCCUUAGGUUAGAAGCCAGCUUUCGUUUUCAAGGUGCCAACGAAACGUUCGAUAAGUUCUUCCGUGACAUCUCUACACUAUUCCGCUUCAUCGAUCCACCACUUACGGAAGAGGAGAAGUUGUUCAUAGUCAAGAAAAACAUGAACAUGGACUAUGCAACAAUAGUAACAGCCGCUCAGCCAAAGACAUUGAUGGACCUGGUCAACGUCUGCAGCAACUUCGACGAAACAAGGCUAUUGCUGAACCAGCAGCGCAGGAUUCCAAUUCCGCACAACCACUUACUAGAACCGAACUUCGCAACACCAGCAACAACAAGUCGGUCUCAGCAACACCAGCAGCAGCGUUUCGGGAGAUUGCAAGCAGUGGAGGCGGACGAGCAGUUGUACGGAGCCACAUCAUACUCAGCACCAUCGCAUCGGCUUCCAAUACAACAGCCACGCUUCAACAGAGUACAUGCGGUGGAGAACGAGGCCCAGCAAGGUGCGGCUGCAACGUCAGCUAUCCAAACUGAAGCAGAUCUAGUGGAUCCAGAAGAUGCAGACGGUUUGCAAGGGGACUUCAACCAGCUGUACGAGCAAGUUUGUGCCAUGAAGCUUCAACUGGAGCGCAGAUCGAAUCGUUUCAAUACAGGACUACAGCAGCAACACUCUCAACAACGACCGGAACAGCGUCAGCAACCGCCUACAAUUUCGGCAGCUCAGAACAAUUUGGUGAAUCGGCAAGGCAGUCAAGCGGAGAACUAUCGAAUACAACAUCCGUUGCAACAGCAAGCUAAAUGGGCGCCGCGGCAGCAGCUUCAACAGCAGCAGCAGCUUCAACAACAGCAGCCUCAACGGCAAUUCCAACAGCACUAUCAACCACAGCUCCAGAACCAGCAGCUUCAGCAAGCAGGCAGCAACAUGUACGAUCUAGAUCCUGUUCAGCAUACAGCGUACCGCCCAGCGCUUUGCUGGAACUGCGAUGAGGAGGGGCAUAGGUUUCCGGAUUGCACGAAGGCACAGCGAAGCGGAAAACGCCGCAGCGAGGAGGUGGUAGAUGGAGGGCCAGAUUCUUCGCAACACAGCUAUCAACCUUCAAUACCUCCCGAUUUACAAGACAUCAACUCUAUCAUUAUCAAUCCCGGACAUGACAAUCGUCCACACGCCGUUCUGGACGUUCUUGGAAAGAAAGUUACAGCUUUGUUGGACAGUGGUGCAAACUGUUCUUUGUUAGGUGGCAGUAAAGCACAGAUCGUAGAAGAGCUUGGACUGCGAAAAGAAGCACUGAACGGUGGGAUCAAGACAGCGGAUGGAACGCCACACCAGAUCAAUCACUUCACACGUCUGCCAAUAUCGUACAACAAUCGAAGCGAAAUUUUGCCGGUUCUACUCGUGCCUAGCUUGCCAGAUUGCGCUAUCAUGGGCAUGAACUUCUGGCAAACGUUUGGCGUCAAGGCAGUGUGCUUCUCGAUAAUGAACAAUGAAAUUGAACAAGAUGCAGAACCGCUGAAGGAGCUUUCACCAGAACAGCAAAAGCGACUAGACCAAGUGGUACGCAUAUUUCCGAAGGCAGAAGAUGGUAAGCUUGGCAGGACGCAGAUCUACGAACAUCAAAUCGACGUCGGAAAUGCGCCGCCAAGGAAACAACGGUACUACCCAAUGUCACAGUACGUCCUAGCGGAAGUCAACAAGGAAGUCGACCGGAUGCUAUCCCUGGACGUGAUCGAAGAAGCAGUGUUCUCACCGUGGAACAAUCCACUGGUAGCGGUGAAGAAGAAGGAUGGCAGAUACCGGGUAUGUUUAGACGCAAGACACCUGAACUCAAUCAUGGUGAACGAAGGUUAUCCGAUACCGCAGAUCUCCGCAAUCAUCAAUAACCUCGGAGGAUGCUCGUACAUAUCUUCAAUUGACUUGAAGGAUGCCUUCUGGCAAAUGCCGCUCCAACAAAAGUCACGACCCUUAACAGCAUUCACUGUACCAUCCCGUGGUCACUACCAAUUUAAGGUUGUUCCUUUUGGUAUCUGUACGGCAAGUCAAGGACUCGCAAGACUAAUGACACAUCUUUUCGCGGACAUGGAGCCAUUCGUCUUUCAUUAUUUGGACGACAUUAUUAUCUGCUCUAAAACGUUUGACGAACACGUAGCAGUUCUUCAGGAAGUGGCAACCAGGCUACGUCAGGCGAAUCUCACCAUUUCUCCGGAAAAAUCCAAGUUCUGUCGCCAACGCAUAAAAUAUUUGGGCUACGUUCUCAGUGAAGGAGGAUGGAGGGUCGACGAGGAAAAGGUGGAGAGCAUCGUCAAAUUUCCAGUUCCAAGUACACGAAAGGAAGUUCAAAGAUUCUUAGGCUUAUGCGGAUGGUAUCGACGCUUCAUUCCAGAGUUCUCACGAAUCGCUGCACCAAUCACGGAGCUCACGAAAGCCAAGAUCAAAUUUCGAUGGACAACAGCAGCAGAAGAAGCUUUUCUCAAACUCAAGUCAGCUCUAGUCACCGCUCCAGUACUUGCGAUGCCGGACUACACAAAACCGUUCUCAAUAGCAUGCGACGCUAGCGAUGUCGCGAUUGGUGCUGUAUUGACGCAGGACAUCGAGGGAGAAGAACACCCGAUCAGUUAUUUUUCCCAGAAGCUAUCUUCGUCGGAGCGAAAAUACACAGUCACAGAAAAAGAGUGCUUAGCAGUUAUUCGUGCGAUAGAAAAGUUCCGUGGGUAUGUAGAAGGAGUACGUUUCGUCGUUUACUGUGACCAUUCCGCACUCAGCUACCUGAAAACUUUAAAGAACCCCACAGCUUUGAUGAGCAGAUGGCUUUUGAGACUCAACGCGUUCGACUUCGAAAUCAGGUACCGGAAGGGCAGCUGCAACACCGUACCAGAUGCGCUAUCCAGAGUAGUCUGUUCGCUAGUGUUUUCGAUUUCCGAGGAGAAUGAUCCAUGGUACAAGAACAUCGUCAAGCAGGUGGAACGGAAAGGCGAUAAAUAUCCCGACUUUCGUAUCGCAAACAACGAGCUCUACAAAAAUUGUCAUUACAAGGACGAGGCUGGUUUAAUCACGCAUCGAUGGAAGAAAGUAGUUCCGGAAAACCACCGAGCAGAACUCAUUCGUCGAUACCACGACGCACCAUCAGCAGCGCAUCUAGGCUUCCAGAAGACGUGGCACAAACUACAGCAGCACUAUUACUGGCCGAAGAUGCAGGACAACGUCGCCCGUUACGUCAAAGCAUGCACUACGUGCAAGGCUAGUAAAGCGCCCAAUAUAAGAAUGAUGCCGCAGAUGGGGAAGCUCAAGCCAGCGAAGGUCCCGUGGGAGCUAAUUUCUAUCGAUUUCGUCGGACCCUUAACCAGAUCCAAGAAAGGCAACACUGUGCUGCUAGUAAUCGUCGACUGGAUCACGAAAUACGUCAUCGCUCACCCGAUGCGGGCCGCCGAUUCGAGCAAGAUGGUCGAGUUUUUGGAAGAAAAGGUGUUCCUCAAGUUCUCCAGACCGAGGAUUAUUCUAUCAGAUAACGGCAAGCAGUUCGAGUCGCAGGUGUUUCGAGCACUGCUAAGCCGUCACAACAUUAUCCACAUGAAGACCGCUUUUUACGCACCGCAGGUCAACAACGCCGAGCGAGUGAACAGAGUUCUUAUCACUUGUGUUCGAUCGUUGUUGGAGGAAGAUCAUCGAGAGUGGGACAAGAACCUGGCCGCCAUCACCGCAGCCAUCAACAGUGCGAAGCACGAAUCAACCGGAGUCAGCCCGCACUUCGCCAACUUCGGAAGGGAACUUCUGUUGCAUACGGACCUCUACACUCUGCAGGACUUAAACGUGUCAGACGAUCCAAAGGUCGCGCAGGAGAUGCGGUUGUCCACGAUCAACAGGAUUCACAAAUUCAUCCAACAGCGGAUCAAGAAGACUCACGAGAAGACAAAGCAGCGCUACGAUCUACAGAAGCGGACUGUGUCCUUUCAACCGGGCGAGCUAGUAUGGCGCCGCUCGUUUGUUCUUUCUUCGAAGGCGGACCAUAUCAACAAGAAACUGGACCCCAAAUUUAUUCCGGCUAUCGUUAAAGAAAAGCUGGGAGCCAAUCUCUACACUCUGGAGGAUGUCGUCACCGGAAAGCGAGGUCGCUACCACGUGAAGGACAUCAAACCAGACUAAGGUAUUCAAGCUAUGUAAGCAACAACGCUGACCACAAGCUCACUCGGAGCACAAAACACGAAAUGGAGAAGGCUGAAGGACCAACAUCAUCUUUGAAACCUCGCCCCCAACAACUCGGAAUAAAUUAUGCAGAACUCUUCUAUUCGAACAACUCGAUGGAGCACAGCUGAUGCAAAUUCGUCGCUAGGACACCGACGAACACAACUAAGCAGGCGUGUAUGAAGGAGACAACGGCCUUGCGCGGGACCAGCGUCGGCUGAAUGGACUCUGAGAACUCUGCCAGGUAGUUCGUCAGAAUUUGGAGAGGGCUGGCAACCUUGCGUGGGAUUGCCGCCACUCAUUGUCCAGAAUGCAAUCCUGUCAUCUGAAGCAGCGUAGCAGCGCUGGGGAUAGUAGUACUGGUGAGCCACCGUAGCCAGGCGCUACACACCAUCGCAGAGAACCCAUCCAGGUUCGGGAUAUUGGAAUGUUCGGAAAGUCAAGUACAGCAGCUCCAAACACCACGUCGCUGCAAUUGAAAGGAUUGUCAGGACAUCAAGAAGAGGAUUCAGCACCAUAGAAUACAGUUAAGCGAAGAAGUUGUGAGGAGUAGACAUCAUGACGGCCGCUACUACCAUAUCGACUCUCUCUCGCUAACUGUCAAAAGCCACACGCCCAUAAUCCAGCUAUGACCGCUACCCAAGGUAGUCAACAAGAGCCUAACGAGGUCAAAACACGCCAGUCGUUACUACCACAAACAGGAGAUCAUCCACCAACCCCAAAAAUCUCCGAAUCAAUACAAAAACCCUUCAGCUAUGACCACAGCCAAAGCCUGUCAACCAAGCGCAACAGCGCAGGAAAUACCGUUAGGCCGAUCGGGAAAAAUCGUGCAUCUGGAAAACGCAGUGAGCAAUAUCUCUUAUCUACCUCCUCGUGAGUACAGUAACAAGUCUAGCUAUGUCCGCUACCCAAGGUUGCCAACAAAAGCAUCGCCGAUGCGAAAAACACGUUCAUCGUCAGCACCACAACCAUCUGCUUUGCUCGACGACUCCGGAAGAAGGGCCCGUCUGAGGGAGCUCAUUCGCAGCAGCAGCAAUAUCCGAUUUUGUCCCGCUAACACGAACCCUGCUUAUUCAGCACAGUAUCAACAGGACGAAUCAGGACAACGCCCAGGGUAGCUUGAAAGAGGUUGCAAGAUUCCUGCUGACUUUCUCCUAGUCCGGAGGACCAUAGCUGACCAGGCUUCCCAGAAAUAAGAAAACCGAACAAGUACAUCCACAAGGACCUCCCGAUUAAGACUACCCGAUUAAGACCUCCCGAUUAAGACUACCCGAUAAAGACUACCCGAUAAAGACUACCCGAUCAUGACUACCAGAUCAAGACCAUCUUCAAUCAACCAUGACAACUCCCGAUUAAGACUUCCCGAUCAAGACUAUCUUCAACCAGCCAUGUCAACUCCCGAUUAAGACUUCCCGAUCAAGAACAUCUUCAACCAACCAUGUCAACUUCCGAUUACGACUUCCCGAUCUAGACGAAAUUAUCAAAAGCUAUCUACCAACUUUGUCAAGACCACAAGCUAUGAGAACACCAUCUACCACGGUCCACACCCCAAAAUACGCGCAGCGGAACCACAAAUUACCCUCGCCUGAAAUGGUGUCGACAGUUCAACUGUCCGAUUCAGACUUGACCACAAAUCACCAACCUCAUAGAAUGAUACAUAAUGGAUCAUGCACAGUUGUCAAGGGGGUUGCCAAGGAAACAUCAAAAGGAACGCGAUCUGGAGGCGCGGUAUAACCUCUAUUCCGGGCCCUUGGUAAUUAAGAGGAUUAAAUCCCUCUUUUCCUUAGACUUCUAUUGCUUUUAGUAUAAACCAGUUAAGUUCCCACCUAAAUUUCGUUUGUUAAGUUCUAUUUGUAAGAUCUAGGUUAUUAUCUCUAUCAAUAACCAUUUGAUUUUGGAUUUUCGUAUGCUGCUGAGGUGGAUGUUAUUAAGUGGAUUGUUAUAAGGAUUCGAAGGAGUUUCUUUCUGCCAGAUAUACUGGUAAUUAUCGACACAUUUGCCAUAACUCGUUGGCUUUGAUUUUGUUAUAGAUUUUGCCAAGACUCGUUGGCGUAGAGAUCUAGUUUAUUGAUUCGUCUUUAGUUUUGAAGAAACUCACCACUGCAGGGUGAAUACAAGUGCGAGGUUUUCUCGACACAGCCGUCGAUCUUCUCAUCUCCUUCGAACUCCUAGUGGCGUGAUUAUGAAUUUUUCAUGGAUCCUUGUCAUGAUCCAUGAAAAAUUCUACCAAAGCAGCAAUGUUGUGUUGCAAUUGAAUUUAUAUUUUUCUUUGAUAGUCCCUAAAUUGAUAUGAUACGAGCAAUUGGCAUUAUUAACUCAAUAAAAACCCAUCCCCAUGUAGAUUUUUGGAAGCGUGCACAAAAAUAAAAUAAAAACCCCAAAAAUAAGUGAAAUAUACUCCGCGUGUAAAAGGAGUGAGUACAUUAAAAUCAGCGUGCAGAAACCGAAAAAGAAAACAAAACAAAAACGACCGAAACCGCAUUGUCGUUUCCGCAACACACCACACAAGUUCGUGGUGGGAAAAAUUGUGUGUGUCGCCCGGGAGAAAACCGCGUGGAAGUGUGCCUCGGGGAUCUAAACCAAAGCCACUACACGGCGAAAAGCCAGGCCAGACCACGUGCAGCCACUGCGGUCCAUUCGAGGACGGAGAAGGCAUCAAGCCUAAAAAAGGUAACACCUGCAGCGAGGAACCUAACCCGCAUUUGCCUAACCCGACUUUUAUCCCCCAUAGGGUAGCCCCAGCCGGGAAUCCUGAUCCGGGAGAAGCCAAGAAAGAACGGCAAAAGGGUCGCACAGGCAGGUAAUGUGAAUUUGAAACAACGUGGCAAGAAAUUAAUUUCGGCUUUUCGCAGGCGGCCCUUUUUUCCACAUCUGCUUUUUGCUCCAUCUACGGUUCCCUAUCUACCAUCACUAUUGGGACCUCAGUGGCAGACUCCCAGGGUUGACCAGCGACAUCGGUGCAGCAGGAGAAGAGCAACCGAGAAGGAGAAUUUGCACCAGCAGUGUUGUUCCUCCUCGGUGCUCCAGGGCGGUCGAAUUUUGAAGAAGAGCACCACCAGUGGUUCCCAAUCGGUGCUCCCGGUGUCAAGCAAACAGGAGGUGAGCAGGAGAAGCUCCACCCGCGCUAGCAGAUUGUCGUUCCGUGCGAAGAGCGGCAGGAAAAGGGGGAAGAAGCAGCACCCUACUGGACCCUAGGCGGCGCUGCAUGCGAGAGGGUAACCGAAAACAGAAGCAGCAGCACCAGCGGUGCUAUUCCAUCAGUGCGCCAGGUGGCGUGGAGUUGCUGAAGCAAAACAGCACCAGUUGUGUUGUUCAGGUGGCGGCGAAGGCGGCUGCAAACCGAAACAAUCGCCGUGCGCAUCCAUCGGUGCGCCAGGAGAAGAAGACCCUGAAGGGGGAUUGGCACCUGUUGUGUUCCACUAUUGAAGCUCCGGGCAUAAAGUGGCCAAAAAGGAGGACACAGUACCACCAGUGCCCAUAGGUGGCGCUUUCGGGCGAAGAUCGGAGGAGUCGCUCGCAGGCAAUCUUCAGGUCCGGUUCCAGCUGGAAAAUUGCCGGCGCACAUCAGCGAGUGUUCCGGGCGAUCAGCAACCGAAGGAGAAGCAGCUACGCGUAGACACAUCCGCAUCGUUGCAAGGGCGACGUGUCGUCGAGCAGGCGUGAUCAACACGGGGCGAAUGCCCACAGUGGGACCGGCGAGGCCGAGGCGGAGGAGAUCCCUCCAGGGACGACGACAGGAAAAGCGGUAAGUGCACGCAAAUCGGGGAAAAGUGGGGGAGU